UUCACUCAUCACUAACCACUUGACCCGUCGGACUGCUGCAAAUUCCUAAGGGCAUUAUUUACAAGCUUCCGGCGAUAUUAUUUCCCGGCAGCUCCAGGAAACCCUAAUAAUGGCUUCUCCUAUACCACCACCAAGCUCCGCCGCUUCCGGCGGCUUCCAAAACCCUAACAAGUCACUAAGCUUCUUUGCAAACGCAAUGAAGAGAAAAGACAGUUUCAUACAGUUCUUCGCUAUGACUGGAAUCCUUUUAUUGAGCGUUCGAUCACUCGGGCAAAAGUAUCGGAUACAUGAUCUCAUGGAGGAUAAUGCUGCGCUGGAGGAAGAACAACAAGGACUUGUUCAGCGAAUGAAUCAUAUCAGGCAAAGCUUACUUGCUGAAGCUGCUAUUGACCCCACUGGCCGCUUUGCUUCACGCCUUCACCGCCUUUUUGGCAAAGACAGUUGAAGAAUAUGAGUGUGUUGUUCUAGGUAAUUGUUAUAUCCUUACAUUUUUGGUUCAGUGUUAAUGAAACUAGUGGUUUAGGAAUUUAGGAUUUCUUUUUGUAGCCAUGAUCUGUUGAAAUGGAAUGGGCCCGAAUAAGGCGGAAUAGAUAUAGAGCCCGUUUGGCAUAGCUGAUUUGAAGUAGCUGAAAAACAUUAAAUGCUUAAAACACUUUUUAAGUGCUAAAACUGAUUUAAUAAGCAGUUACAUGUUUGGAUAAAAGUGUUGAAACGUAUAAUAAGCAGUUGAAUAUAAGAUUAUUUGUAAAAGAAAAUAAUUGAACCUUCCUAUACUAAAGUAAAAGAUAUGAAUAGGAUAGAAAAUCAGUGUUUCUAUAUUUUAUUUUGUUGUUUGGUCUGUGAAUUUUCUUGUGAAGCACUAAUUAGUGUGAUUUAAUUUCUGUGUCAUUGAAUAGUAGUUUAUGCCUUACCAGAUUCCUUAGACUCUAUGGAUUGUAUAAAGAUGUUUUUUUUUUUUGGAUGUUUUGGUAUAUAAAUAGUACCAUUGUAAAUCAGGACUUUCAUGGAGAUAAGUGAGAUCUGAUGCGAAAUUGUACAUCACUUUGUUCUUUGAAUUUUAUUCUUUUGGGGAGUUUACAAGUGUAUUGAGCAAAAUAAAUUAUAAGAAUGGAAUCAGAAAGUUAGAGACUUGAUUAGGUGGCCUCUGUACAAUUCCAGCACUUCUGAAAGGACAAUUAAGUUAGUUAUGCUUUGUUUUAAUUCAUCUGGGCAUCCUUGCUUAGCUGAUCGUGUUUCAAUCACAAAUUUCUCUUCCUUGAUA